AUGUUGUUCAGAACCCUAGCACUGGUGGGACACGAACAAAACCGCAGCAGAGCCGAAAGGUUGUUACAAAAUUAUGGCUUCGACAUCAGCAGUAUUCAGGAAAGCAUCAGAGCAAGGAGCUUGCAAAUUCUGAUGCUGACUCCCAGUCAUGAUGACACUGAAGCUGCUGCCGUAGCCUUAUACGAGAAACAAGAUAACGCUGUCCAUCUUAUCGUCAUUGCAACCGCUCCAAACUUUACACGCCAUAGAUUAUGUCAGCGGCUUAUCGAACGUCUUUGUAUUGACAACGGAAACCCAUUGUACGUCAAGACCGAGAAGUUUUCCAUGUCCCACGGAAUCUUCACUAGACUCGGCUUCAAGCCUUGCAGGAAUGAUUCACACACAACCACAUCCCGGAUUGAUGUGGCAGGGGAAGUUUCAAUUGUUCUCGGAAUGAACCAUUCCAAUGGAACACUUCCCGAAGCUCAGUUGGAACAGGGCAUAGGUAAGGAGUACCUUGAAACGUUUUUGGCAAAUGCUGCCUUGCACGGCUUUCAAUUUGCCGAUCAAAAGGAGAUUCCAGGGAGAAUGUUGAGCUCGUACCUUAUAACCGCCUUUCACGAAACCUCCCUGGAGUCGCUGCGAGAAAUCGUGCCGCGUUUGGUGGCCAAAGACACAGCCUGGUUUCGCAACCUGGCGGCUCCGGAAUACCGCAGAUGGUUGAGUUUCAAGCUGAGGCUGUUAUACCUGAGUCUAGCUAAUGAGCAAAGCUUCAGAAAGCACUUAUGGCGUUUAGGGCUCCCUGAACAAUAUGAUGCCCUGCAUUUCGCCGAAGCGGUAAACGACCAGAUGCCAACGGGAGAAGGUUGGCCCAAGGAGUGUGACAGCACCCAAGACUUAUCCUGCCUGGACCUGCUCCUCCUUAAUACUUUGAAAAUUGAGACUCGUGUCCAGUUCGUGCCCCUCGUGAGGAAUUAUGGAGAGCUGCUCAAGGUCGGUUUUGGCGGAGACACAAUCCCCCCCAGUCGCAUGGCAACGAUGUUUUUUUAUAUGCCAGACUGGGAAGCCCCCCCAACAUUCUUGUUUACUUUGCCCCUGCAUCUUGCUGGUGAGGCACUUGCAAUCAAGGAGACAAUAGGAGAAGACAACCCAUACCCACCGAAGCAGAGAAAACGAACAAGAAGCAGUUUGGGCUGCUAUUACUAG